CCCGCACAGUGGCCGUGGCCAGCCAUACUGACUUGCACUCAGUCGUGACUGCUCUCCUCUCUACUCCUCCGUGCUCAUAACAAUGCUAUCUUCCAUCGCAAGACGGCGCCUCCAGAAUAUAACUGCUCAAGGCGCUCGCCGGAGCAUCUCCGUCCAGUCUCUUCUUCAUGGAUCUCCUGAAGCUAAGGAGGCUGGAGACAUAGAAGUCCUUCAACACUCCAGGCUCGUGGCUCGAGGAAAGUACGUCCAUGGGUUCGAAGUACACAAGGUUAAGCCCGAUGCCAUCGACGAAUACAAAGGUGCCGCCGAGAAAUACUACACCGCUCUCAAAGACGAUCCCGAACUGCACGUGAAGCUAACGGGUAGCUGGGAGACUGUCGUUGGAGACCAGGACACUUUUGUUCAUGUUUUGGAGUAUGAGAACUACGCUGGUUUUGAUAAGACCACUGAUCUCAUCCGAAACUCCGAGCAUGCAAAAGCGUAUAAAGCGAUCUUACCUCAUGUCACUUCUCGCACGUCGCAAUUGACGCAAGAAUUUGCUUUCUUCCCCACUGCGCCUCCGCAUGCUCAGGGCGGCGUAUUUGAACUCAGGAGCUACCAACUUAAACCUGGUACUCUGCUGGAGUGGGAGAAUGCAUGGAGGAAAGGCAUCGAAGCUAGACGCAAAUUUGUCGCACCGGUUGGCGCGUGGUUCUCUCAGGUUGGGAGAUUGCAUCAGGUUCACCAUAUGUGGCAAUAUCCGUCGCUGGAGGCAAGAAAGGAGAUGCGCGAAACAGCAUGGAAGAUUGACGGAUGGGCGGAGACUGUGUCAAAGACCGCACAACUUGCCACGGAGAUGGAUUCGUUCAUUAUGCUGCCUCUGCCUUACAGCCCUCUGAAGUAGGGUGGAUAUUUACGUGUAUGACCCAUGCCAGAACGGCCGCGGAUCUCAAUGCUGUAUGACUAUAUCAUACGUAUACCGGCACCGAACAUGUGGAAUGGCCAUAAACUAGACCUGCAGGCUUUGCUUAGUCCACUCUUAGUCCUCAAACGUUAUUUACUUUGAUGGUCAAUAGGACUUUUUAUCACCGACGGUGUGGCACUGGCA